CGCUACACCGGCCGAGCCUAGCGUCACCCCACCCCUCCCAACAUGGCGACCGAAGUCAAAACAACGACGCGGGUCGUCCGACCCAUGAAGCUUAUAGGCCUCAUUUGCUCGGGAAUUGCCUGGAUUUUAAUGAUUGUGUGCCUGGCAAGUGACUACUGGGUUCGCUCGGAUACGGUCAAGUUUUACCAGGGCUUGUGGAACGAAUGCGGGAAGGUGACAGACGCUACCCCUCCCCCAACCGACUGUACCCCGGUCAGCGCACAGGGACAAGCGUAUGUGCAGGCGUCGGCUGCGUUCCUGAUCCUGAAUCUGUUACUGGCGCUGGCAGGGUUUGUCCUGGGACUGAUGGCGUUCUUUGUGGAGAGGUUCCGUGGAUUCUACAAGUGGGCAGGUCUGGUGCUGCUGGUGGCAGUGUUGUUUGCGCUGAUAGCCCUGAUCGUGUUCCCCGCGAUGUUCCACACCAUCCUGACGGAACAACUGUCCACCAGUCCCACCGCGCUCAAGGACCGCGUCAACUGGGAGCUCGGCUGGGGAUACGGCGUCGGUUGGGGCGCCUCGUUCUUCAUGAUCGGGGCCGCGCUACUCUUCCUCUUCGGAAAGGACACGAACGAAAUCUACGAGACGACAAGCUACGAAGGCUAACUUCAGUCUUCGCUUUUCUUUCGGCCAGGAAAUCUUACAAGACACAAAGUGAACCAGUUUCCAAAAGUAUCUUGAAAGUUCAUCUGUGUUGGUAGAAAUCAUUAUGAAACAAGUUUGAGCUGGUAAUUUCCAACACAAGAAACUGGACUCACCCAAAUUUUCGACUGUACAACUCCAGUCUUUGCCAAGGAAUGAGAGAAGGAAUGAGGAAUGCCCAUUUCUUGACAAAGACUGGAGUUGUACAGUCGAAAAUUUGAGUCCAUUUCUUGUGUUGGAAAUUACAGCUUAAACUUGUUUCAUAGCAGUUUCCAAUGAGCUUUUGCUUGAAUUAGUGGUAAUUGUUAUUUGUGUUUGUUGAUGAAAGAAAAUUUGUUACUAGUUAAAAUAAUCAACUUCAUAUCAAUAUGGUUAGAAUCAUGAUUAGUACAUAUUAUGAAGCAGGGUGAAAUGUUUAAAAAGAUUCUACAUUUCUCCAGGCUUAUAAAAGUUGUGAAAAGGUUGCUUUUAGCCGCAACACUUUUCUGUGGUUACAUUAUCAAGGAGAUGGGGUUUUGUGUGCGUAAAAAAUCUGUGCAUGAAAAUAUAGAAUUUAUUUGAUAGCCUUGUUUUGUCUAUUUUUAGUUGAUUUUCAAAGGUUUUCACUUGCAAAAGACUUUGAAAUUUGGACGUGAUUGAACCUGCUUGAGAAAAUAUAAAAUUCAAGCUUAUUGAAAGAAAAAAAAAACUAAAGUUAUUACAUUUUACAAUACAAAACCUUCUAACAGUAACAUUUCUAUGUAUAUUCAGGUAUCAUGAUACAAAUGCAAAUUAACCUAUUCCCAAUGGACCUAAAAUCAUGAGUUUUCAGACAAAAUUUCAGGUUGUAGAAUGAUUGAAAACAGGGUCACAUUUUUCUUGGAAUGUGGUACUGCAUAUUUCCUGACAUGUUUUAAGGACUUUUUUACGUGCAGAAAACCUGUUCCUCUGAAACUCCUGCCAUCCCAUGUGUACAUUUAGCACAGGAAUGGUGACAGGUUAAAUACUUGUCUGACAGACAGAUGCACCAUGUGGGGACUGUUUCUGUCAAUACCUGACUUAGGCCACACCAAUUUAAUUUGUUGCUUCUCAGAUUUUUUUAAAAUAAAAAAUAUGAAGCGACAAAAAAAUAUGAAGCGACAGGACAAAAUAAUUAAAAAAAACAGACCAAGGCACCCCAUGAUAGCUGGAAAUGUGACGAUGUUAUGAAGUCAAUAUAGCAGGCUGGUUUAUAAUUAAAACAAUAGAUUUUGAACUUUAAUGAAACAAAGCUGCACUGUUACAUUAAAAAACUUUAACAAACUAGGAAGAGGAGGACUCUCUUCAACCGUUCAAGCCAAAAUAUGUCUUUUAUUGUGUAUUUUGCAGUUGAUUUAGAACCUAAAAAUUUUUUUUUUUUUUGCAAAUCAGAAAAAAAAUUGACAGGGCGAUCCGAGAAACAACAAAUUAAACUGGCGUGGCCUAAACAUGCUUCCAACAGAACAUCUGGCCUGCUUCAUUAGAAUAAUGCUGUUCAAGCUCUGAAAUAUGCUACAAAUCAUUGAAUUUUUAUUCUUAGUCAUGUAUUUUUUUCAUACUACAAAGUGUAAUCAUUAUGAAAUAAGGGGAGGGCUAUAAGAGUUUGUCUCUGACUUGAAACUAUUUGGAGUUCUAAAAACUUGAAAAAUAUUAACUUCUUCAAACAUGGGCUUUUUUUAAAAUAAUUUUGGUGGUGAAUUGCAGACCUAUAAUUUAAACCCAUACCUUCAGAUCGCACUAAGCGUACAGUACAGAUUGUUAUAGAUGCUUUUGCUCCAAGAGAUAUGGUGGAUAUACUUAAAAAGUCUAACGAUAGGAGUAGGAGUGCUCCUAAAUUUGAUAAAAAUUAUUGAUGUUCAUCAGCAACAAAAAAAUAGGACAACUGAAAAUAAUAUCUUUUUAGGACAAUUAUUUCAAGCUACUGACUUCAAUUUUAAAGGCGACUUAAAGGUAAAGUUUAAAAGUCUACUAUACUAUGCUAAAUUUACCCCAAAGUAAAGGUCUCUGUAUUACAUUAGUCUUUCAAUUUACAGCAAUCGUAGCCUUUUGAAAAUCAUGCCCUAAUAAACAAACUUAUGAUGGCGUGGAAAGCUAACCCCCUCCCCCCCCUCUCACGGCUCUGAGUGGACUCUCCCAUAUAUACCAUGUGACAUCACAAUGUUGAACACCUUCCCAGGCCGCAGCAUGUCGGCAGAACGUACUGCGCCUGCGCAGAACCCUGGAUUUUCGCGUUUUCCGUUGGAUUUUUGGUCAA